UUUUUUUAUCAGAAUGAUUAAACGGAUCUCUCAUUCCAUUAUUCGACAAUUUAAUGCAAAAAAUCUACUCCCCUCUUCUUCUCAAAAUGUAGCAAAAACAAAUACAAAAUUUAUUAACAAAACUUCAUUGCCCGAUUCAAUAGAAAGAGAUUGCCAAAGAUGGGAAUCUGCAUUGAAAAAAGAUAUGGAAACAAAAAUGGAGAGUAGGCAAUGGCUCGAUUUAAAUUUAAAAUGUUUAGACGUGAUUUCACAUAAUCGUUCUAGCAAAUUAGUUAUCUCAACAGAAAAUAUGUCAAAAAACCUAACUCAGAGCCAAAAGAACGAUCUUUCUCAAAUACUCAAAGUUAAUUCUUCUAUUUAUUUACAAAUUCCAAAUUUUUCAUCAGAUAAUUUUGAACAUUUUAUUUCUCCAGGAAUUGUUGUUAGUGUUUUUAAUGGAGGUUUUUCUGUUUAUUUUAAUCAACCAAUUGAUGAUUCAACUCCUUUUUUGAACAAAACAGUCCAAAUUCAAUUAUCCGGAACAAAAACAAAUAUUUCCCAAUUAGAGUUUUUAAGCAUACGUGAUACUUGGCAUUCUCUUCCUGGUUAUGAUUUGCUUCUUUAUGCUUACAAGUGUAAUAAAAGGGAACAGGGGAGUAAAUUGGUUGAUUCUUUGAAAUUUAUUGAAGAGGAGGAUUUGGAAACAAUUGAGGAACGUUUAGCUUUUGCAGCUGCUUUUAAUUUGCAGAGAAAACUUGUUUCAAUACACAUUGGUGGGCAGGCACGAACUAGAAUGGUGGCAAAGUAUUUGGAUAUUAUUACAAGAAAGAAUUCAAAUAUCAAAAUUGCAAUUAUCUCCCCGCAAGUCGAUCAGCUCUAUUUAAUGAGCCGUUAUCACGAAAUGUCUGGAAAAACCAAUUUUGUUUCAAUUCAAAAAUUGGAUUUAAAAUUACUACAAAAUAUCGUUAAAAAUCCGGAUACAAGAGCCCUUAUUGAAAGAAAAAGUGUUGAACCUGGAAAAGGACUUUUAGUGGAAAAAGCAGUUAAUCAAGGAGAUAAUAUUGUUUUUAUUGGACAUAGCAAUUCUUUACUAAAAAUUUUUAUUUCUUCAAAAAUGGUUUUUGAUGUUGUUAUAUUAGAUGGUGCUGAAAGACGCUCUGAAAUUGGGUCAUGGCAACCUAUUCUUUCUUUGGUAAUUUUAGAAUUUUCAAAAUUCAGGAUCAAGACUUGAUUCGUUAGGAAGGGAAGGAAGAAUAUUUAAGGGUAGGGAACAGGGCUGGACGCAAUCGAAAAAAAUUUCCGCAGCCGCAAUUUUAAUUUUAAAAUCCGCAACAAAAAAACACGCAAUCCGCAAUUGCAACCAGCCCUACUAGGGAAGGACAUCCUUUUUCUUGUCAUUAGAAAUUUGCUCGCCUGCCAGGGGGAUUUUCCAAUAAAGUUUUUCGAAUUACGAAACCUGGGCCCAUAAACUACCUAAACUGAAUAAUCUUAACCUUCUUUCUUGCCACACCUUUAAACAAUUUAAAAACAAAAACUUUCAAGUCAUCAUGCGCCCGUCUUUUUGGAGAUUACGCUCAUCUAAAAAGAACAUUUACUCCAAUGCUCAAUAAAUCACUAAUUCAAAGGUUAGAUGAAAGUUUUGGUGAAGAAGUGAAUUUUCAUAUUACCAAUCCCCGUGAUGAUC